ACGGCGGCCGGCUGCGCGGCGGCGGCGCGCGCCGGGCACCAGGACUCGCUGCUGCGCCUGCUGCUCAACAUGGACGAGCUGCAGGCGCCGCUGGUCACCCUGAUGGUGGAGCGGCUGCUGGAGGUGGCCUACAGUGUCAGCUCCGGCGAGGACCACAGCUUGCCGCGCCUCAUCCUGGCCAACCUGCAGCGGCUGGACCGGCUGGCCGACGCCGGCGCCGUCUCGCAGAAGAUGCUGGAGCUGCUGCAGGGGGCGCCGCCGGAGGUACAGAACGACAUCAUCACGUUCCUGCCCGAGAUUGUCGACGACGCCAGCCACCCGAAGGUGGCCGAAGAGCUAUGCAAGCUGUUCUACUCGUCGCCGGACCUGUCGGUGGCGAUCCUGGACUCGCUGCCGGGCCUCAGCCUGUCGCCGCAGGCGCUGCUCGACGUCAAGCACUCGGUGCAGAAGACGCUGCAGGCGGCGCGACCCGAACACCUGCCGGUCGUCGUCAAGUUCCUGCUCGAGGACGCGGGCCGUGCUGAAGAGCUGAUCGCCGACCUGCGGCGGCGGGUGCGGCUGGGCCGUCCGACCGACCUCCUCUCGCAGCGGCACGGAGCCCCCGACGACAGCGCCAACCACGAGAUGGCGCUGCUGCAGAACGUCAGGUUCGCCUUCCAGGUGGACAAGCGGCAGCACAUGUCCUGGCUCAAGGCGCUGGACGCCGUCUGUCCGCCGGAGGUGCACCACCCGCUGGACGUGCUGCUGCUGCUGCAGCUGCACGACACUGCCCCCGCCCGCCAGCGGCUGGUAGAGGCCGUGCUCCGGAAGAAGGUGCGCGCCGGCCACUUCAGCCGCGCCGUGCUGCGAGACACGUUCGCCGCGCACGCACAGACGCUGAAGCAGUUCAUCUCCACGCUGCGCCGCUUGGCGGCGUUCCUGCUGCGCUGCUCUGAGCCGUCCCUCUCCGACUACGGGGCUGAGAUUUACCGACUGGGCUUCGUCUCGUUCUCCGGCUACCACCAGCAGGAGAUGGUGAUCGGCCUGCUGUCGCACUCGAGCGACCCGCCGGCCACGCGCCAGGCGGCGCUGCGGCUCUUCCAGACGCUGGCCGAACACAACACCGACGCGCUGGCACGGUACUCCGGCUUCCUCAAGAGCUGGCUGGACCUGUUGGACCAGCUGACGCUGCCCGAGGCGCGCCAGCUGAUGGAGGUGCUGAGCACGCUGGCGUUCCGCGCGCCGCAGGAGGCCGCCUCGGUCGGCGACGAGCUUAGACUGCUGGUGCACAAGCAGCUGGCCAGCUCGUAUAAGCGUCUGGGUGUGAUCAGUGUGCUGAUGGCCAUCAAGUGCCGGCAGAACAGCGGCGACACGAGUACCACCACCGUCAGCAGCGGGGACAGCCAGCUGGGAAGCUUGGUCUGGCGUGCCGGACUCGACGCUAAGAUCGAGAACUGGAUCUGCGACCAGCUGAUGGACGAGUUCCAGGAGACGUUCGUGGUGGACCUGCCGGACAGCGAGCCGCAGUGUGACGCCCUGCAGCUGGCGCUCAAGCACGGCCUCGAAGAGCCGACGGUCGGCGAGAUCGCACUCAACAUCAUGCCCAUUGUACUGGAGAGCGGCGAACGGCUGGUGACGCUCUGCGCGCACUUCCGCCUGCUGCGCAUGAAGGGGAAGGCCAAGUCGCCGAACGGCACGCUAAACCAGAGCGGGCUGACCCAGCUGGAGAAGCCGACAGCCGAGGAGCGGCCGCCGGCGCCAGAGGAGCCCGGCCCGCAGCUGAGCGGCUACAGGCCGUUCCUGCGCGAGCUCGACAUGGACGUGUACAAGCUGCUCUACAGAAGGCUCUCGCUCACAGACAACACCAGCGAGGAGGUGAGCGGCUGCUGCCUCGGCUUCGCCCACCUGGACCUGCUGCCGGAGGCCAGCGUGGCCCGCCAGGCGGUGACGCUGCUCAAGCCGCUCAGCCUCAUCGCCGACACCAUCGUCGGCAUGUUCAGGUCGCAGAUAGCGGACAACGACGGCGUGCUGGACGGGCCGGGCAUGUUCGGCGAGGAGCCGAGCCGGCUGGCCGGCUGCCUGUCGGCCGUGUACCGGAUCGUGGCGCUGCUUCUCUCCUGGCCGGGCUUGGCCGAGCCCGACAACCAGCAGCUGGCGCACGACGCCGUGGCGAACCUGCGCCUCAGCGACGGAGGCUGA